AGGGACAAUCCUACAAUAAAACUGUUGUACAGGGUUGCCAAACAAAUAUUUAAAGACGAAGCAGCCAAGGAAGAUGUACGAGAGGAUGCCAAUGACAUCAUCUGCAGUAAGGCAGUGUCGCAAUCUAUUCAGGUCCUAUCAGUACUAGUUAAGGACGUUUCUGAACUUCAAGCUCACAAACGAACAAAAGACUGUCUCCAAGAUGGUUUGAAGCUAAUAGAAGAGUUAUGUACUAUAUAUAUACCACUAUAUCAUCUACAAGCACUUCGGCAAUAG